AUCUUGUGACAGAUUUGGAAGGAGCACCUUCAAGGUCGCGUGAGUCUGAGCCUUCAUCUUCUGGCCAAGGAAACAAGUCAUCAGAUGGUUUGGCACAAGAUUCGACUCUACCCAGCAAACUUCCUUCUGCGCCUGAAUAUGCGAAUUCUUCUCAAAGACCUGGCAGUCCUACACCAUUAACAUCCGAGCGUGUUGCUGCGAACUCAGCUGCGAGUGCUGCUCCAGGCUUAUCACCAAGUUCUUCGAUGGGAUCUCUUAGCUCAGACAAAUCAAGUUUGAACCCAAACGCUAAGGAAUUCAAUUUGAACCCUAAUGCUAAGAGUUUCACUCCCUUGACUUCUCUGAGGCCACAUCACCCUCCAGCGCUUGAUGCAACAUACUAUUAUCCUAAUAACAUGGGGGCUACUGGACAUGGUUUGCCUGUUGGCAUGGGGUUUCCACAGGCGUAUGGUGGACAGCCUGUUGUUUACAAUGCUCAGCCUGGAUCUUCUCCCCAGGGUUACAUGCAUCCUUCUGGGCAACAGUAUGGGCAGCAAAUGAUGAUGGGACAGACCCGCCCUGUCUAUUAUUAUGCACCUGAGAUGCAGCAGCAGCAAUACAGAGGAAGGAACUUCUAGGUAGAUUGAUUUUGUUACGCUGCAAUGUGGAACUCUGCAGUGAAAUCCCCAUUGGCGGGGGAUGCUAACCAGGCCGAUGCGCCGCCAUGCGUGAAAAGAACUGGCGAUGGCCUCUGACUUCAACCGUGUGUGUUUUGUCGCCAGGACGAAGAUCACCGCUGUUGCUUCUGCGGCAGUGUUCGAGUCUGAAGCGGGCUAACUUGGAUUUAUUGUUCUUAUUUAUACCGUAGACGCGAUGUUGUAAAUUAAAAAUGCCAGGUCAUCUAUUUCGU